AUGGCCAGAGUGAGUGGUACGCCGCGUAAAAGAUAUAGCCACAACGGCUGCAAAGAGUGCAAACGAAGAAAGAUUAAGUGCGAUGAAGGGAAACCAGUUUGUUGGCAUUGUGAUAGACUUGAAAAAAGUUGUCAGUACCUACAAGUAAAAGAAGCUGAAUACAGUGUUAGAAAAGUAACUCACUUACCUAAAGCUGGGAGUAUACAAACUGCAUUAUAUGGGGAAGAAACUAAUAGCGGAGGUACCCCUGCAACUCCAGUUGUAUCCAGUACUGGCAACAGACCUCACGAGGUAGAGGCUGGUCAACUACAUGAUUCUUUCACGGCUUAUUGGGCUCCCUUGUUGGCAAAUGAUCUUAGCGAUUUAGUUAACUCAACUCUAAGUGAGAUGACGGCUAUUGAGGAGCCUGAAAGUCCGUUUUACUCAAUACCAAAUGGAAUCACUCCUGGCAGUUCUGCCUCGGUUGAGCAGGUCAUGUUUCAAACCAACGUUCCUUUCAGCUACUUGAACUUGACAGGAGAAAACCAAUUCUAUAUGAAAGAAUUCUACAACGAGUUCUCUAAUGUUAUUUUACCUUUCCAAGCCAGUUCUGACGGCAUCAUGAUUAAUCCUGUCAGAGAUAUAUUGAUGAUAUAUGCACGAGACUCGCACUAUCUCCUGUACGCACUGCUGGCUUGCGGUGCUCGAUCAUCCCAUCGUAAAAGCUCUUUACCUGAAGAUCAGAGUAGCUAUAAGCUUUAUUUACGGAGGUGUUUGGAAACUUUAACUGCAGCCAUGGAACGGGACAUGAUGGGAAGCUUGGACUCGAUUUUAUUAACUAUCCUCGUUUUAACUUGUGACAGCGCAUCGCAUACACGGCAAGAGUGGAGAGCCCAUCUCCGCGGUGCUAAAGAUCUGCUUUCGAAGAAUGAUACGCAGAAAGCACACUCGAUGAUAUUUUUUUUAUGCAAAUCGUGGUAUUCUUCUAUCGAAAUACUGGCGGGAUUGGUUUCUCCAAAAGGAGGCACUCUCAAGACUGGCGAAGAGCUUGAUCUUCUAAUAUGCAAUCGACUGGAAGAAGUUAGUGCGCUGCGCAAGCUGAACAUUGUUAGUGAUGAGGGUUUCAGCUUGUUUCAUGGGUAUUCUAUGGAGCUGGUCGUAAUAAUGAAAGACCUCAUCAAGAUUCUUAGAAGAGAAGGGAAGUCUCAACAAGACUAUUGUGCGAUCACUGAGUUGAUUAGCAGUGUGAGAAAGCAAUUGGAUUUUCAGGUUAUUGACAAAAGCGGUAUUGUCCCCAACAGUCAUCCUUACUAUCCUAAGGAGAUGAAUGAGAAUAAUACGAGCUUCUCCAAUAAUAUCGCAGUAACCUAUGUUGAUGGUAAAAAGCUCGCUUUGUCAUGGUUAGAUAUAUCCCAUCGUUCUUAUGCACUGGCGGCUUUACUAACUAUUUUCACCAAGCUACUGAACAUAGAUAAGGGAAAUGCGUUCGUUCAAUCGAUGGUCGAAGACUUGAUAUCUACAGCUUGCUGCUUUGAUGGAACCGGUGGCUUCCUAAAAUCAUACUGUUACUUUGUGCUGCAAUGGCCUAUGUUAGUCGCUGGUACCAACAGUACUAUGGAGGAGCAUAAAAUUAGAGUAGAGACUUUCUUCCGGCUUGUAGCACAGCUUGGCUCUGGAUCUGCAGGUUUUGCUCUGGCCCGAUUGCGAAGGAUUUGGACAAAUGGACCAGCAGCAGAAAACGAAACAACUAAUGGAAUUGAUAUGGUAACCUACUGA